CACGCAUUAGGAUAAACCUUCCUAUGAAAAGCACGCUCUUCUGUCUUACAACAGAGUAUUAGCCUUCAUUUCUAAAUUCUGGACCUCUGCUGAUAAGGGCCAAAAUUACCCUAGAAAUAUCUCUUCGCUCCCUCCUGGAAAAAUGCCAACGACAAAGAAAACAUUGAUGUUCUUAUCGAGUUUCUUCACCAGCUUUGGGGCUUUCGUGGUGAUUUGCGCCGUUCUGGGGACCCAAGUGUGGGUCAGCAGCAUCUUUGCCAUUAGCGACUCCUUUUCGAACGGGAGCAUCAUUGUCACCUACGGACUCUUCCGUGGUCAGAGCACCCAAGAGCUGCAGGGUGGACUUGCAGAAGGAGACAAAGUCUUCGAAGUUUUAGGGACCCUGAACGAGUCUUCCUGUAAGACUCUGCACUCGGUGGUCAUCUCGUUCCUGGUCCUCAGUCUGUGCACGUCGCUGGUGAGUUCGGGGAUCACCUUCUACAACAGCAUCAGCAACCCCUAUCAGACGUUCCUGGGGCCGCUGGGGGUGUACACCUGGAGCGGGCUCAGCGCGUCCCUCACCUUCCUGGCCCUGGUGCUGUUCGUGGGGAACGUGCAGUCCAACGGCCUCUCGGAGGAGCUGGCCGGGGCGCUGUACCCGCGGCAACCAUCGGCCACCCGCAGAGUGCAGACCCACCACUACCGGUACUCCUUUUGGCUCACGCUGCUCGUCCUCCUUCUGAACGGCACCACCGUGGUCAUCAUCGUCUUCUACCAGAAGGCCCGGCGCAGGCGGAAGCAGGAGCAGAGGAGGCCGAUGGAGGAGGCUCCGAGGGACGGGAUCUUAUUCUGAGGCCUGUCACAGGGCUCGGUGACUGGAGGUGUGGACGACGGGUUAGCCCGGCUGGACAGUUGGAGGGUCACGGCCAGCCCUGGCUGGCUGCCAUUCCGUGAUAGUCUUUGCAUCUCAUGACACUCUGUUCUUCAUAAAGGACGUCCCCUUGCAGAGGGUCCUUCCCGAGAGGGUGGGGAAGGUGAGCGGGGGCUCCCUCGGGCCCGUGGGGCGGUCGCAGUGCUGGAAUGACCACUGCCCACAGACCCCCCCCGGCAGGCCCCACUGUCCACAGCGGUGAAGGCGUGUGUUGAGCCUUUCCUGGGAGAAGCUCAACGCACCUGAGCACCUGCAAGCUCUUCUCCUGGUGAGGGACCAGGCGUUCUUAGUUCACUCCGUGAACAGAGACUUCUGACACAGAGGGAUUUGGAACUGGUCUCUUUAGGACCAGGUGUCGGAGGCAGCAGGCGAGAGUUCGGGGUGUAGGACCCGGCCCCCCGGACCCUCCGUCGCGGAUGCAACCAGCCCAGUGGUGUGCACGGUGCUGAUACCCAUCCUGGGUCUUUUGUAAGGAGACCAGAAGGUGAAAAGACAGAAGGAAGAUAAAAUUCAUAACCCUGCGGCCUAUGGGAUGAGGAGGCGAAAUGCAGUUUGGGUUUAAAAGCACUGCGGUAAAUUCAGUCGGAUUGCGGCAACUUCUAGAGACCCCCGUCAACCCACCUGUGCUUGGUCACUGUGGUUUCAACACAGGUCACCCACAGGUCGUUGGUCACCUGCGUGCAGACUCCUGCCCAGCCGGGGGCUGAGGAGGAAAUGGGUUCCAGUGCCGUGCAGAGCAAACGGGCCCUGAGUCAGGAAGAGGCCUGGUUCUGUCCUCUGGGACGGGGCGGCCACCGCAGGCCCGCUGCAGGGCUGUGCAGGUGAACCAUGACCAGGUGUGACCCUACUCUGCCCUGAGUCACUGCAAGUGCAGAGGUGAGGGGGUGUCCACAUGCCGCACCAGCUCUUUGCUUUGUAAAUGAGCAACCGGCAAACAGUUUGUCCCCAGGGAGUUCACACACCUGCCCAGGCAGCCCAAGCUGACUCAGUUCCACAAAUACGUGUUUGCAUCCGGCAGAAUCCGAGGGCUCGGGGCAGGGCACAGGGGCCGAAGGGCGGGAGAUUAUCUCAGACGGGAAGGGUGGCCUUGCCGCUGUGUCCCCAGCACCCAGGGCCCCUUUCACUGCACCUGUGGGCCUCACCGGGAAUUCCAUUCACUCAGAAUAAAGGAGCAGCUUGCUCAGACAAAAAGGCA